UAGUGUUUGGCCACAGACAGCAUUGAUGGAGGCACACUGUAAAUAUCAUCUCAAGACAGACUAAUCAGUUCGCUUUUAUAACCGACGUGUUCUACAUCCUUCCACUACGCAUUCUAUGUGCACCAUUUAAAAGCGUCGAUCAGCGAUAUUUGCGUCCGCAUUAUAAAUAGUCUCUGCGAUUUUUUUUCCGUCUCUACGCCGCCGAAAGUCCAGUUCGGUUUUUCCGCGAAGCUCCAAAAAUCUAUGAAAUGUGUUUGCAUGUUCUUCUCUGCGAGCGGGGAUGUAGAGGUGGGAUUGCGAGAAUCGAAAGGUUGGAGAGCCCACACGCUCAGCUUCCGAGAAAGCUUGGAGACGGACCGCUUGGACAGUGGGAGCCCUCCCCUCCGCUCGGAUCUGCUUUGUUGCCAGGUUGCCAGAGAGAGGAUGUGGACGAGGGCUGAGGCCUAGAGCGAGGAGAAGGGCUCCAGGGGCCUGCCUGUGAUUGGCCGGCUGCUAGGUCCUCUGAGUGGAGGCGUCACCCCUCCCCUCCCCCCGCCCUCUCCCCCCCACCCCACCCCCACCUGGGCUCCCAGCUGACUGAGAGGCCCCCCACGGCUCCCCCCCUCCCCGCUCGCCCCCCCUCCCGCCCCAACCCCCCUAGCCCGACCCCUCCCCAGCCCGUCGAGGGCGACCAGAGGCCACGGGACCAUGUCUAGCGGACGGUCGGACGGGAGCCGGACAGCCGAGGCCGCGGAGCGGGGCGGCUGCCGGGAGGACUCCCCGGUGAUCGAGCGCCGCAACCGCAGCGGCAUCCUCAGCGAGCCGCUCAGCAAGAGCCUGAAGAAGUCGCGCACCCUCUCCCAGUACACGGCGGCGUGCCCCGCCAGCGCCAACGGACUCGCGCACCACGUAGAGGCUAAGAGUCGCUCGGUCAAGCCCCCGCCGCCCCCGCCGCCCCAGCCCGCCGUCUCGGUGGCGGCUCUGGCGGCGGCGGCCAAGCUGGACCGGACCCUGGAGCAGGUCCUGGAGGGACAGAACGGCCUGCUCCACUUCGCCCAGGCGGCGGCGCUUUUGAAGCGGGCGGGCAUGGAGCACAUGCUGCUGCCGGGGGGGAUGGGCGUCGGCCUGGGCGGCGGGGGCGACGCCGGCUCGGGGGCCGGCGACCUGGAGAGCGCGUCGGCGGCGGACGCCGUGGGCGGCCCCGCCGACUUUCCGUACGGCGUGGGAGGCGGUUUCCCCUUCAACCCGGGGCUGUUCAUCAUGACCCCGGCCGGUGUGUUUCUGGCGGACAGCGCGCUGCACAUGGCCGGCCUGGCCGAGUACCCAGCACAGAGCGAGCUGGCGUCCGCCAUCAGCUCCGGCAAAAAGAAGCGGAAACGCUGCGGCAUGUGCCCGCCCUGCCGACGGCGGAUUAACUGCGAGCAGUGCAGCAGCUGCCGGAACCGCAAAACGGGCCACCAGAUCUGCAAGUUCCGCAAAUGUGAGGAGCUGAAAAAGAAGCCGUCUGCCGCCCUAGAGAAGGUGAUGCUUCCUACCGGAGCAGCGUUCAGGUGGUUCCAGUAGGACUGACUCCAUCACCCCUCCCCCCUCCUCCUCCUCCUCCUCCUCCUCCUCCUCCUCCUUCUCCUUCUCCUUGUCCUCCUCCUCCUCCUCCUCCUCCUCCACCACCCUGUACCCAAAGCUCUGCGAUCAAGUGCAAUGCCAACUCUCGCUUGGAUUGUCUCGGGCACGGACACUGGCUGACAAACAGACAAACGAAAAAGAAAAAAAAAAAAGAAUACAGAAAUGUUACAAAAUAAUCAA